CACAAUAUUUCCAUCACGUUGUUUCAUGCCUUUCUUUAUGGAUUUCUCUCAAAGUUUUUGUACAAUUUGGAGAACUUUGAGAUUCAUCUCUCGAGCAAGAAGCACCAGAAUAGCAUCCCCACGCGUGAUAUCACGUAUCUACUGGCUCCCAACUGAAAGAAACUUCUUUCUCCUAGCCGCUAAGAGGAGUGAUGACUCUAAAUAUGAUGACAGAAGAUAUUUAUCUUCGUAUUGUUUGGUAGCUGCUAUUGGACUAGCGUUCUGUUCUAAUAAUGAUAGAGAUAAUAACGAAGAAUUUUUGUUGGCGGCUAAAAAUAGUAACAUUGCAUCACUUAAAAGAGGAUUAUCAAAUGGUGUUGAUGUUAAUUGCCGUCAUCAGUUAGGAUGGACAGCAUUGCAUGUAUCAGUGAUCAAUGGAAAUAAAAAGGCUGUUGAGUGGUUAAUUAAAGUGGGCGGAGCCAAUGUUAAUACACAGGAUGAAUAUUCAUCAGCUAGGAGGAUGGCACGUGUACUAAAGGCAUCACAUCAUCAAAUUGCUCAAUUGAGAGAGCAUCACUUCUGUUCAUUCAUCAAUCCUUAUGCCACAUAUACUGGCUUCACUCCAUUACACUAUGCAGUGAUCACUGAUAAUGAGGACAUCAUUCAGUUACUACUGGAUAACGGAGCCAAUCCCUCAAUAGAAGACAGUAUGGGUCGGACCCCUAUUAAUUACUGCACUAACGAGUCAGUAAGAAAACUAUUGGAGAAAUAUUCAGUUAAAUUUGAGGAGAACGAGCUAAGGAAGAGACUGGAGGAAAGAAGGAAGUAUCCGCUGGAGGACAGACUAAGGAAUCAUCUAGUCGGCCAAGAGGGGGCCAUCACUACUGUAGCAUCAGCAAUAAGGAGGAGAGAGUUGGGUUGGAAUGACACUGAUCAUCCACUAGUGUUCCUGUUCCUUGGAUCCUCUGGAAUUGUGGUUGCUAAAUUAAUAGGGGCUCCCCCUGGCUACAUAGGCUAUGAUCAAGGGGGACAGUUGACGUCUUUACUCAAACAGUGUCCAAACGCUCUUGUCCUCUUCGAUGAGGUGGAAAAGGCUCACCCUGACGUACUUACUGUCCUACUGCAGCUGUUUGAUGAGGGCCGGCUGACUGAUGGACAGGGAAAUACCAUUUCUUGUAAAGAUGCUGUUUUUGUGAUGACGUCUAAUUUAGCGAGUGAAGAAAUUGCACAGCAUGGACUGAGAUUGAGACAGGAAGCUAUUAAUAAUAUAAUGAGAGAUGAUGAUGGUAAAGAAACAGUUGAAAUAUCUCGUAACUUUAAAGAGAACGUGAUAGAGCCAAUACUAAAGCAUCAUUUUCAUCGCGACGAAUUUAUUGGCAGAAUCAACGAAAUUGUUUAUUUCCUUCCUUUCUCACGUAGCGAGUUACAGAAACUCGUUGAGCAAGAACUGAUAGUUUGGCAAAAAAGAGCCAUGGAGAGACAUCAGAUUAAGUUGACAUGGGACAGAGAAGUCCUUGAUGUUGUUUCUGAUGGUUACAAUGUUAAGUAUGGAGCUAGAUCAAUUCAUCACGAAGUUGAGAGAACGGUUGUUAAUCAGUUGGCUCUAGCUUAUGAGAAGGAGUACAUCAGCAAAGGAAGUUCAGUUCAUUUGAUUGUAAAGAAAGAAGGCAAUGAAGGAAGAGGACCACUUGUAUCUAUAAAAGUUUUAAAUGAUAAAAACUCACUAGGAACUAAACAAACAAAAUCUUUAGCUAAGCCAGUACUUCCUUUUGGUCAAUGAUUGUUAGCAAUAGUCAACACUGCAAUAAUUCUGCCUCAAAAUUAUGUUUCAUGCUAUAUGCAGUAUGGCCAGUAAAUAUUCCAUUAUAAUGUACGUGCUACAAAA